CCGUGAGAAGGGGAGUCUAGGGGCCUAGGAUCUCGGUUCGGGAAACAUUCCCUACUUUGAGGGAGACAGGAUGAACGUCUGCGGACUGCGCUGUAGGAAAGGGAGGCUGGUGGCCUGGCGUCCUGGGUUCCAGAGCAGCCACGAUGCCUACCUCCGCGCCCCACGGGACCCCUUUCCUUCUCCUAGCACCUCUACUGAUGGUGUCUGCUGUGCUGGCGGUGCCCCUGGACCGCGCGGCGCCCCAUCAGGAGGACAGCCAGCCCACUGAGAGCCCGGACACAGGCCUGUACUACCACCGGUACCUCCAGGAGGUCAUCAAUGUGCUAGAGACAGACGGGCACUUCCGGGAGAAGCUGCAAGCUGCCAACGCUGAGGACAUCAAGAGUGGAAAGCUGAGCCGAGAGCUGGACUUCGUCAGCCACCAUGUCCGCACCAAGCUGGACGAGCUCAAGCGACAGGAGGUAUCGAGGCUGAGGAUGCUGCUCAAGGCCAAGAUGGACGCAAAGCAGGAGCCCAACUUGCAGGUGGACCACCUGAACCUCCUGAAGCAGUUUGAACACCUGGACCCGCAGAACCAGCACACAUUUGAGGCUCGGGACCUAGAGUUGCUGAUCCAGACGGCCACCCGAGACCUUGCCCAGUAUGAUGCUGCACAUCAUGAAGAGUUCAAACGCUACGAGAUGCUCAAGGAACAUGAGCGAAGACGUUACCUGGAAUCUCUGGGAGAGGAACAGCGGAAGGAGGCUGAGAGGAAGCUACAAGAGCAACAGCGCAGACACCGGGAACACCCCAAAGUCAAUGUCCCUGGCAGCCAAGCCCAACUGAAGGAGGUGUGGGAGGAGCUGGAUGGAUUGGACCCUAACAGAUUCAACCCCAAGACCUUCUUCAUACUACAUGACAUCAACAGCGAUGGGGUCCUAGAUGAGCAAGAGCUGGAAGCUCUCUUCACCAAGGAGUUGGAGAAGGUUUACGACCCAAAGAAUGAAGAGGACGACAUGAGAGAGAUGGAGGAGGAACGGCUGCGUAUGAGGGAGCACGUGAUGAAGAAUGUGGACACCAACCAGGACCGUCUGGUGACCCUGGAGGAGUUCUUGGCAUCCACACAGAGGAAGGAGUUUGGGGACGCAGGGGAAGGAUGGAAGACAGUGGAAAUGUAUCCAGCCUACACAGAGGAGGAGCUGAGGCGAUUUGAGGAAGAGCUUGCUGCCAGGGAGGCUGAGCUGAAUGCCAAGGCCCAGCGCCUCAGCCAGGAGACCGAGGCCCUGGGGCGCUCCCAGGACCGCCUGGAGGCUCAGAAGAGAGAGCUGCAGCAGGCUGUUCUGCAGAUGGAGCAAAGGAAGCAGCAGCAGCAGCAGCAGCAGCAGCAGCGGGAACAGAAUGCUCCGCCCUCCAAACCUGACGGGCAGCUGCAGUUCCGGGCAGACCCAGAUGAUGCUCCUGUCCCAGCUCCAGCACGUGACCAGAAAGACGUGGCUGCUUCUGAAAAGAAGGCCCCAGAACAGCCCCCUGAGCUGCCCCAGCUGGAUUCUCAGCACUUAUGAUCUCUCAGUGACCCCCCAGCCCUCAAGUUCCUACAGACAGCGACGGAAGCUGGAUGAAGUGUCCUUGCGGCCUCUCUGGAGGCCUGAGCCUGCAUGGCCUCCUGGGGAGGAGAACGGGGGCCCCCUGUUCCUUAGAGGCACCUGUGUCUGCCCCUCUCAGCUCUCCCAGCCUCCAGGUCCCAGUCCUUCCUUCUGUCUCCUGGCUUCUUUACUCUGUCAGGGACUCACUGCAGGAGCUGGAGUUGACAGAGACCCUCACGUACCUGGAGUGCUUGCUCCAGGCCUGCCUGCCUUCCUGGUUUGCUCUUGGCUGUUCCAGGCUUAGCCAUUUUGCAUCCUGUGACUAGUGUCACAGGGUCCCAGGAGCUUGGCUUGGUCCCUUUUACUCUGUCUUCUGUGGGGCCAGAGAUCUCAAUUCCUUUCAGUGGCUGGAGGCUUGGGACAUGGGGUGUCCUUCAAGUAAACGUCACCUUUGCCUGGACCCUGGGCUUCCAUCGCCACCUCACCAGCCAUACCCUGACCUCCUGGGCCCAAUACCUACCCCAUGGCUCCAGAAGGUACCCAGAUAUGGCUGCACACCUAGCUGAGAUUCAGCCGCCCUCAGCCCCCAUUGGGUGCUCCUGAAAAUUGGUACACCCUGGCUUCAUGCCACACUACGAUGUCCUGCUCUAUGCUCCAGUUCCAGUCAAAUAUAGCCUGGCACAAAUAAACAUUAGCGUGUUUGUGUGUA